CGAAGUGUACAGUCCCCCACUGAUAUCAGUCGAGCCUUGUACGCAGGGAGAUAUAGCUUGUGUGGUGCCCCUUCAACACAUUUACUUAAAUAAUCGCUAUUCCGCCGUUCAAUACAUUUUUACAGUGCCCCCUUUCAGCAAUAUUUUAUUAUCGGUCUUUUUGUUUACUCAUUGAAUCUUUUAUUGUUCUGUCACUGGACAAUUUAAUAUUAUACGCGUUUUAAUAAUAUAGGUUAAAAAAAGGAGUAGUGAAAUAUAUACUAAAAUAAACAUCACUGCGAGUUUCAACAAAAUUCAUAAAUAUCCAGAAUCAUGGUGGAGAAAACAUUUAACUUGACGUGGAAUAAUCAUUUGGCAAAUUUAUCAGGAUUAUUUGAAGAGCUCUACAAAAAUGGAAUACUUACAGAUACAACUUUGGCAUGUCAAGAUGGCAUAUUAAAAGCACAUAAGCUCGUUUUGGCAGCAUGUAGUCCAUACUUUGAAAGAGUUUUUAAAGAACAUUAUGGCGACCAACCCAUACUUAUAUUAAAAGGUGUUCCAAUGGAAGAGAUGGAAUGUCUUCUUCAUUUUAUGUAUCGUGGUUCCAUUGAUGUAACUGAAGAAAAUUUACCCUCUCUAAUUAGUAUCGCCACAGAAUUAGAAAUAAGAGGUUUAUCCGCAGAUCACCAAAGUGAAAUAUCAAAUGCUUACUUUAAUAUGAAGCAAGAUAAUUCUAAAAGUCAAAAAUUAAAUUAUACACACGACACAAUUGCAAAUAGUAAUAAUUUAAGGUCUGAUGAUUCAAAUUCUGCCGAACAUGUUAAAGUUGAAGAAGUUGAAGUCGAAGACGACCCAAUGAUUUUGGAUAAUCCUGAAGAUAAUUUUGAAGAUUCACUACCACUAGCUAGUAAAUGUAUGUCUACUCAUGAUCAAAACAUCGCCAUUCCCAAUUUUCCUGCUACAAGCGUCUAUGAUAUUGCAUCUGGAAGCAAUUUUAUUCAAACAGUUAAUGCAGAAUACACAAUGAAACGAAAAGAUGACUUACAAGAAAAACAAAAAGCAAAACGUGUUUGUAAAUGGAUUGGAAGUCAGGAAGUAGAAAAAAUUAAUAUUGAAGAGAUUUUGAAUGCUUCAGCUAAAGGAAAAAGUAUUAUACGAUAUUAUCAAACAAAUAAUUUGUUAAAUGCAGAAUGCCGUUCUAAACUAGUACAAAUUGUUGGAGAUAAACUUCUCGCAGUCCAAAGAAACCCCACUAGACAUGAUUUUGAAUUGAUAGAUCAGAAAAUUAGACAAUUAUUCCCCUCAGAGGCUCAAUAUGUUUAUUUUAUUCCUUCAAAAUUAAAUGGUUUAAAGCAAAAAAAUCACGAAGGAAAAUUACCUAAUUAUAUAAGAAAUGUGAAAUAUCGUUGUGACAAAUUAGAAAAAUCAAUGGCUGAAACAUAAUUGAGGGCCAUGAAAUAUUGUCUGGAGCCAAUGAUUUAAAUCUGAUGAGGAUAUUUAUAUAUACUCCUUUAUGUGAAUAUUAUAAAGAUUUACCAAGUACUGAAACUAGUCGCAGGAUAUAUAUAUAAAAAAUAAAUUUGCCAAAAGUUGAUUUUUAAACGUCAACAAAAAAUAUAUAUAUAAAAUUUCGCUGCUUUAGUUUCUCACUGGACUUUAAUAAAUUAAAGUAAAACUUCCUAAUUCCUUUGGAGUGAAAGCCAGAGGAUGUGUUUUUUUUUUUUUUUUUUUUUUUUUUUGCAAAGAAGAAACCAUUCCAGAAUUGUUUCUAAAAAAAAAAAAAAUUUACUUAAAUAAUAAUGAGUGAAAAGAAAAAUAACUAUCUUGGAUGAAUACUAUUGAUUUGACCACAACUAAUUAUAUCAAGAAAGAUAGUUUUUGACAGUUGGGACAAGAGUUUUUUUUUUUAAUGCGUGCAGUAUUAUAUAUAAAUAUAUAUAUUUAAACUUUUUAAUUUUUAAAAUGGUUUAUGUUUGUUUCUUAUGUAAAUAUUAUAAACUUCGUAAUUGUGUUAAAAAAUUUGUAAAAACCCAAAUGGAAAUAUAAUGAAAUAAAUAUUAUUAUUAUUAUUA